AUGGCGGAGGCCGCCGCGCCGCCGGCGGGCCCGCGGUGCGGCGCCGCCGGCGCGGGCGAGGGCGGCCUCGGCGAGUGGCGCGUGGACGAGGCGGACGGGUGCGCCUACCAGCUGGAAGAUUUCCUGCUGGAGUACGGCGGCUGCCCCGAGAAGCCGCCGUCGCAGUGGUUGCACGCGCCCGCGGCGGGCCCCGCGGCCGUAGAGGAGGCCCUCGAGAGGCUGCGGUGCGAGGGCGAGGGCGAGGGCGAGGACAUGGAGGACGACGGCGGCGGCGAGGAACCGGAGGAGUCCUCGGAGGACGAGGAGGAAGACGCCGGGCCCGCGCCGGCGCCGCCGCCCUGGCUGCCAGCGGUGGUGCUGGCCGCAGAGGCCGUCGAGGCGCUGUCUGGCUUCGUGGACGCCAUGCGGUACUUCGGCAUCGAGCCCGACGAGAGCGCGGUCGGGCCGGGCUCGCUCGGCGCCGGCGGCGCGCUGGCGGCGGCGCUCGCCGAGGCGCGGCGGGCGCUGCUGCGCGAGGGCGGCGGCCUCGCCCUGCUCCGCGGCGUGCCCUGGCCCGCGGAGGCUGGCCUCCGCCGCAGCCUCU